UUUGGAUUCGAGUAAUCAGAGGUUAGUGAGUUCAGCAAAUAUGAAUAAAGCCCAGGCAGGAUUGACUGAACGGAAUAAAGCUUAUUUUCGGAACCCUUCAGUUAGGGUAAAUUAUAUAACUGGACCUAGAGUAGCUUCUAGUAUAAGUGAUGGUGGAACAGUAACGGCUAAGAAGCCUAGGAGACAUGAUGCUACUAUUACUAAGAAGCCUGAACCUGAUGCUCUUUCGGAUGCUACGAUUAGCCAUGGAAAUAGUAGCCAUCAGAACCUUAGUAGUGACAGUGAUAAUAAGGAUAUAGAAAGUGUCAGCAGUCCACUUAUAGGGACUAGUUUAUCAACUUCAUCGAAUGAGCCUCCUAGUGUUUCGACGCCAUUGGACCUCGUCACGAAGGUUAAGUCGAUUGAAGAUGCACAAGGUUGUGCAACUGUAACUGUUCCAAUUACGGUUGACCGUCAGUCGAGUGAUGAUGAGAAGAAAAUGUUUGAUGGUAACAGCCAGUCUACAGUGCUGUGUGAUGACGAUGCUAUUGUUGAGCAUAUGUCUUGUGCCGCUGAAACGGAUGCUAAUGCAGAACGGAAUCAAUUAGACGUUGAUAAUAAACCGGAUGUCACUGAUGUGACAAAUGAGUUACCGACGAUGAUGAACACUGUUCAAACCUCCUCUGCAUCAGGAGAUGGAAGGAUAAAUAUUGAUCCUACGUCAUGCUACUUAAGGUCUUCUGGAGACGACGAAAUGUCAAAAUUGGAGAUCUCACCCUUGCAUAUUAGUUAUGGGUCAAAAACUUCUGUUGAUAAGUUAGCAUCACGGACUUCAUGGUAUCUGCUGAUCGGAGCAAGUGGUGGUGGAUUGGCGACUCGUCCCCAUGAAAGAGAAUGUAGUCCUUGGAUAGGAUAUGACCAGUUUUGCGACGCGUUGUUCAUGUUCGUAUGGGUUAAUUGGGUAAGGUUUAUACUACCGUUAGGUCAUUCCACGAUAGAUAGGGGGAUCAAGGGCCUGAUGGGAAAGUAAAGGUAUCUAGUUAGCGCGAUAGGUCAUAUCCAUGUUGGAUGGCGGGUAGGCGUACUGCUGUAAGUCCUACACGUUAUUCCGGUGUGGAUUAGGGGAUAACAUGGGAACCCUAAAUAAGGUGUCAUUAACGCUUGCUGUUUUUGCAUGGAGGGAUUUUGCGGGCCGGUGUAGAAUUCUUUUUGAAUGUUUUGUUUUUGGAAAAUCCCUCCAUGUUUACAUAUUUUCGCUAUGACCUGAUGGACUUUUUCUCUUGACAUUUUUGGUAUUUUAUUUGAUUCCAAUUUGAGAUUUUACCAUUGUAUGUUGUUAUUCUUUCCAUAUUUU